AGCUGCGAUGAAGUGAAAAUCUCAUCGCUACAAGCUGGAAAAAACUACCCUCUCUAUUUACGUUCUUGUUUACCAAAGAAAGACAGAUGGCAGAUGCAGUAGUGAAUUUUCUAGUAGAGAACCUGUUGCAGCUAUUAAGUGAAAAUGUGAAACUGAUUGCAGGUGCAAAGGGAGAGUUGGAAAAUCUGCUGGAAGAAGUCCAACGCCUAAAAUCCUUCCUAGACGAUGCUGCAAAAUACCAAAGUGAGGGCAGUCAGUGGAAACUGCUGGAGGAGAAGAUUCAAAGAACGGUACAUAGAGCUGAGGAUGCCAUUGAUAAGUUCCUUGUCCAGGCAAAGAUGCACCAAGACAAAAAUAGAGUGGCACGAUCCUUCGAUGUGGGCCAUCUCGCUACAGUCAGGAAUCUUGCAGCUGAAAUCGAAGCCAUUUAUGAGAUGGUUAAGGAACUUCGCCAAAAUAAUGAAACUUUUCUGCCCCGCCCAGUUCUUGAUCUGACUAAAAAAGGUGCCCAGGAAGCAGCGCAGGGUCCUUCUUUGGAGGAUGAUGAAGUCGUCGGCUUUGAUGAGGAGGCGAACAAAGUGAUCAAGCGACUUGUUGAAGGUCCAGGGGAAAGUCUGGAUAUUGUCCCCGUGGUGGGUAUGCCCGGACUUGGAAAAACUACACUGGCAAGAAAAAUCUACAAUGAUCCUCAGCUUUCAUAUGAAUUUUUUAACGUCCUAUGGGUUUACGUGGGCCAAUCUUAUAAAAUAAAGGAUAUUUUUCUUAAUAUUCUCAAAUUCUUCACUAAACGUACCGAAGAUUAUCAACAUGAGGAAGUGGACGCAUUAGCUAAGGUGAUAUGUGGGUAUAUAGAUAAAGGGGGAAGAUGCCUCAUUGUCUUAGAUGAUGUUUGGGCAGCAGAAGUCACUGAUGCUGUAAAGAAAGUUUUCCCAUUAAACAAAAAGAAGCAUCGAAUCAUGAUUACCACGGUUGAUAAAUAUUUGGCUAGUUAUACCAAUCCAGAUCCUCAUGAUCUGAAAUUUUUGACUCAAGCAGAAAGUUCCGAAUUGUUGGUAAAAAGAAUUUUUGGCAGGGGAAGUUGUCCUGAUGACUUGGUAGAACUUGGAGAAAGCAUUGCACGAAAAUGUGGAGGAGUACCACUUGCACUAGUGGUAAUUGCAGGAGCAUUAAGAGGUCGUUCGAACAAAAAUGAUUGGCUAAGAGUUGAGAGAAAUGUGGUGCAGCAUCUUUUUACGAAUAGCCAAGAGAGCUGCUUUAAAUUGGUAGAGAUGAGUUAUGAUCGUCUGCCGCAAGAGGUGCAAACGUGCUUCUUGUAUUGUGGUGUCUUUCCUCGAGGCUUUGAUAUCCCUUCUUGGAAAUUAAUUCGCUUGUGGAUAGCGGAGGGGUUAAUAAAGCCCCAACAGAACUACACUCUUGAGGAGAUAGCAGAAUUUUAUUUGAACGAUCUUGUCAAUAGAAACUUAGUGAUAUUGCAGCAAAAGAGGUCUGAUGGUCAAAUAAAAACGUGUCGUAUUCACGACAUGUUGCAUGAGUUCUGCAUAAAGGAGGCUUCUAACAAAUGGCUGUUUCAAGAAAUAUGUCCAACACCGAGUCACGUUAUUCCUUCGAUACAAAACCAAGAUGCUUGUCGUCGAUUGUGCAUUCAACCCUCUAUUCUGCAUGACUUUCUCUCUGGAAAACCUUUUGCAGAACAUGUGAGAUCUUUCUAUUGUUUUUCCUCGAAACAAAAACAAACCGAAUUAUCUCCUAAUGACAUCAAACUCAUCCACAAAGCGUUUCCCCUUAUCAGGGUCUUGGAAGUUGAAUCCAUCAAAUUUCUUUUCUCCAAGGAUUUUAACCAGUUAUUUCAUUUGAGGUAUAUUGCUAUCUCAGGUGAAUUCAAGGCCCUUCCUCCGACCUUUGGUAAAUUCUGGAAUUUACAAACUCUUAUACUUAAUACAAGUACAUCAGAGCCCACCCUUGACAUAAAAGCAGACAUAUGGAACAUGCUACAGUUGAGGCAUCUCCACACCAACAUACCUGCAAAAUUGCCAUCCCCUGCUAUCACGACAGGUAAAGCUUCUUUUCUACAAACUCUUUCUUUGGUUGCACCAGAAAGUUGCAAGAAAGAUGUGCUCGCCAAGGCUUGUCAUCUCAGAAAAUUGAACAUCCGAGGGCAAAUGGCGGCUUUUCUUGAUACCCAAAAGGGUGGAAUCAAUAAUCUUGAAGAGCUAAAGUGCCUGGAACAUCUGAAACUGUUGAAUGAUGUUAUUUACAUGAAUCAAGCGCUUCACCUUCCUGCAGCAUUCUUCAGAAUUGUACGCACAUUGAAGAGAUUAACUUUGGCUAAUACAAGGUUUGCUUGGAGUGAGGCGAAUAGAUUGGGGCAGUUGGAAUCCCUUGAGGUCCUAAAAUUGAAAGAAGAUGCAUUUAUCGGUGAUUCCUGGCAGCCGGAGGUUGGAGGUUUUAGCCAACUCCAGGUCCUAUGGAUUGAAAAAGCAGCAGAAUUAGAAACUUGGGAAGCUUCAAAUCUUAACUUUCCAAUACUUCGGCACCUUGUUCUUAUCUCCUGUGAUAAGCUCCAGGCUGUGCCACGUGGACUGGCUGAUAUACCAAACCUUAAAGAGAUGAGGCUGGAGAACACAAGCAAAGCGGUCAAAUCAGCAAAAGAUAUACUGGAAAGCAAGACAUCUAAAAGUAGCAAAUUCAACCUCACCGUAUUUCCUCCUGAACAUUAGUCCAAAGCAGCACAAUGAAGCUGAAAGGAGAGAAUCAAGGUGACAUUGCCGGGAGCCUGGGUUCAUGGAUCAAGCAGAAUACUUGUUUCAUAUGGUGUCACUGUAUUUCUUUCCUCUUUUCUGAUGAAUUUGUUCCAAUAAAGAAAUACCUGUUUGUCUUUGUUCUUUCAAGCAAUGUGAACUUUGAAAUAAGUGGAUGUUAAGUAAAGCUGCUCAACUGUCGACCUUAAACAUCCUUUUUAGUUACAUUUCAAGCUCCAGUUUCUUUGUUUUC